AAGUGAGAACGCCUCGGGCGUGGCGUUCGUCUGCUCUCAUGGCCUCCGCAUUGCUCGCCGAGCCGAGCAGGAAAUAUGUAAGCAUACACCUAUCAGUUGUUGUUUGCAUGCAUGAUGCAGACGUUUGUCGUCGUACCUUUGGGCAAUUGCGUUGAACGGCUUCUUUUGGAUUAAUAGCUUGUAUCGUGGCGUAAAAGGAUAACGUGUGUCUUGUUGCACACAGUGAGGCCCAGCGAAUAGCAUGUAAUGUGGAUAUAUGACCGUUUAAGUGUUCGAACAAAGAAAGGUGUGUUUCCGAACUGUGCGUUUCCUCGAAAAGCCUUUAUUUGCCGUGGUUGUUGGUCAUUAACAGGGACAACAGGCGAAAUUCGUGAUACAUGUUACUGCCUGUGUAUCACUCCUACCUUGUUCCGUCGUUUGCGCGUUAUAACAAUGCAACAAUGUAGGAAAGCGUCGUAAACUGUUAGUGUUUUCAUCAAGGCACACAGGUAUAUGUAAGAAGAAAAAAUAAAUUUUGGGUCGCAGGUCCACUUGGGGCGAGCGAAGACGACGACGAUUUAGGGCAUCUACUGAUUGCGGAACAAGAUUUGUUUCGUGAGCAUCUGCCUCACUUGGGCACCACGACUUGCUUCUGUAAUUCUUCUACUGUGUUCUCUUAAUCUGAUGCCAGCAUACUUUUGCAGGAUCACUUUCGCCAGUGAAAUUAUGUGAUCAGGCUCCUAUGCAUAGUGCUGGCACAGUGGUAGCUUGUCACCGUGUGUUAGGAUGAAGUGAUUAAACGAUUUCAAAACGAUCGCCCGCACUACAAGCUUCACAGACCUCAAUUUCUCGAGACGAAAGGUCUGCUCAGCGCAACACAGCAGACGUGUAACAAAGGAGGAUGGUUUAACAAGCCCUCCAUUGUCCCUGAGCAUGAUGAGAACACUUGAUGUCUCGUCAUCUAGGAGUGUGUCCAAACAACCAUUACAGGCGCGACAUUCGCAGAGCUUGGGGCCUGAACUUCAGCGUGUAUCAGAAGCUUCCUGUAGGCAUGGCGGAAUUGGGAAGCUGAUGGGUUGUUAUUCCAUCCUCCUCUUUGCCUGAUGCAGCUGAAGAACAGUUCCAAGUGGUCCUGGCUGAGGCGACCUCUACAUGUUACCUGCAUGCGCCCGCCUGGAACAGCGCUUCUGCCAGCUGUGCAACACUUUUUAGAGUAAAGGCCACGCUGAUGACUGACAUGCGUCUCCCAUGCUGAGCAGCUAGCUCCCCGGAUGGAAGUCGCAGUGUCAUCAUUCUUGACGACGAUCUUUAGUGGCCACAGUCAUGAAAAUGAAAGGCCUACUCAUCUACGUCGGCAAUGAACGAAGCGGUUGCGUCACUUCCUUCAAAUUCGGUCAAUCCCAGGAGCCGUGCGUGGGUCAGGGCUUUGCUCACGGAUGAACUUAGAGUAUGCGCUGCAAGGCGGACCUUCAUGAUCUGGCGGCCAAACUCAAUAUGGGAUCUGGGUCAGUUGCAGCCGUCGACGGACACCACGCAGGCGUGGUUUCAUUGCAUGUUUCCGGUUGUUGCUGCCCUGCUCUGGGGUCAGGGGACAAAACAUCUAGAGAAAUGUCCUCAAGUCGUUGUGUUUUGGGAUCUGGGCUUUCCUGCUGACACUCCUGAAAUGCAGAAGAACCUGACAGCAGAAAGCAGCAGGAAUAAGAAAUGACAUACAGACAUAUACUCACUGCUUUCCGCUUUUGUGGCAGCUUACAGUAGGGAUGGUCCUCAUGGUCAAACAGGCAGUGGAACAGCUGGAGAAGGGACGGCGGGCUCUGCUUGCUCAGCACUGGCUUCAAGCAUUUCCUGGAAAACAUGGAGUGAAGGCAGUCAUACAGGGGGGUGGCUGCACAAACUACUAUGUACUUACCAGGGAAACAGUGUCAGCACCACUUUCAUCUCUUUCAUCUGGCUGGCUGGCUGUUACUUGGCUCUAAAAAAGUUCUUCCAUUAUUAUCUCCUUUUGUAUCAUUUUAAAAGUAAUAAAGAAUAACCGGAUACCUCAGCA